AUGGAAGAUGAGGACAUCCGACCUUAUCUCGAUUUUGGCUACCAGAAAGUAAGACCGCACAUCACCUACCCGGGUUUUCGCAGAGGUCGCGUGCCUCGCCACAUCGUAAUGCAAUUCGUUGGGCGCGAGGCGCUGCUGAAUGAAGUGCUCGACACCAUGCUGCCCGAAGUUACGGGCAGGGCAAUGGACGAGCAAAAUCUGGAACCCGGCGGCAUGCCCAACAUGGAAGUUCUGGACCUGGAUCCUGUAACCUUCAAGGCAACCGUUCCCCUCAAGCCCGAAGUCGAAAUCGGCGAUUACAAAAGCAUCCGCGUCGAAGUGGAAAAGUCAGAAGUUGGCGAAGAAGAUGUCCAAGAGAGGCUGGAACGGCUUCGAAACAGCAUGGCAUCAUGGGAGCCUGUUGAGCGUCCGGUAGCGAUGGACGACAUGGUCACCAUGACGGCUACUGGCACUGUGGACGGGGAGAACAUUCUCGACGAGACGGACACCGUGUAUCUGCUGGUUGAGGAUGCAGAUCGCCCAUUCCCCGGAUUCCCCGAGGCGCUUGUAGGCGCUGAGUUGGAUACGCUGAAAGAGUUCGAACUGACGGUUGCCGACGAUUUUCCUGUCGAUGAAGUGGCGGGCAAAUCUGUGCAGGUGUCAGUUACGGUGAGCGAUGUCAAGGAGCGCGUCCUUCCUGAACUGGAUGAAGAGUUCGCCCAGGGCAUAGGUGAAGGCUACGACUCCCUGGAGGCGCUGCGCGAACAGGUCGAGGAGGAACUCAAGACCGAAUUCGAGAAUACGGCAGAGCAGGGACUUCGGCAGAACGCCAUCGACAGCCUGCUUGAGGGCGCGACUGCUGUUAUUGCGCCGGUGAUUAUCGACAAUGAGGUCAACUAUAUGCUGAACGAGCAGGCGCAAACUCUCGCCCGCAUCAAUAUCCGCUUUGACGACUAUCUGCGCUCCGUAGGCAGUUCUGAGGAUGAACUGCGCGAGCAACUGCGCGAGGAAGCGAUAACUCGAAUCAAGCGCGCCGUCGCUCUGGAGAAACUCGGCGAGGCGGAGGGAAUAGAAGUCACGGACGACGAUGUGGACGAGCGCAUUCAGUCCAUGAUCGAGCAGAACAAAGAACAGAUGGGGGAUGAGUUCCAGACUCCUGAAAUAACCGAAGACAUGCAAACCUCGAUUAGGCGCAUGAUGCACUCGGAGAAGGUGAUGGAGCGGCUCGUUGCUAUCGCAAGUAGCGAAGCGCCUGAGCAGGCCGAAGCCGAAGCCGUCGAUGAGCCAGAGCCGGAGUCUGAACCUGAACCUGAAGCUGAGUCCGAUUCGGAUUCGGAUGAAACCGACGAAUCCGAAGAUACCCAAACCAACUAA